AUGAGUGAUAAGAAUUUUUUUCUGUGAGUUUUUUUCCUUAAAAAAAUUACAAAAAAAUUGCUUAUCUUUUUGCAGUUACAUUUUUUUUUGAUUCUGAAAAUUCGAUUGUAUAUUAUCAUUUAAGUGUAUGUGAGACUGAUCCGAUGAUCAGUGGGAACACGGACAUGGAUACAAGAUUGGGGACGUCAUUUGGUCAGAUUUUUUUUGAUUUCGUAUUUUACGAGAAAAGCUUGUAGAUAUGAUAAAUUUGGAAGAGGACGAACCAGGUUUUGAAGACAAAUGUAUGUGUAUUUUCUGUUUAAUAUUGAUAUAUAAGAUUUUUCAGUUAAUAACAACACCAAAAGUGCUGAAAAAAAUUGUUUUGAAAUGGCGAUCCAAGAAGGUUGACUGAAAACUUUGCCCUUUUCUAAUGUUCUAUUUUCAGAGAAUAUGAAUUUCCCUUACAUGAAUAUAUCUUUUUUCAAUUACAAGUCGAUUUCAAAAAGUUACAUCAUAGGAAAAACGUGAGUCUCUGGAAACCAAGCCAUUAAUGCGUAUUUUCUUUCAGAACGCCACCAAGCUAUGAAAUUGAUAUUCCGCUUCUAGCAGAAUCUGUUCUGAAUCCCAAUCUCCAUUUAUCCUUUUACGUUCAGCACAAUGAUAAAACGACAAAAGACCUCACUACAGACCUUUAUGGUUAGUUAAAAAAAAUAUUUUGCUCACAUAACCAAAGAAUUUUUCAUAAGACAAGCUUUCGAGAGUGUGAGGGCGUAAGAACUAGUGCGGCGUUCGAGAAAACAUAGCGAACUACGCUGCAGAAACUUUUUGAAAACUAUUAGCAACUCGGCAAAAAAAAAAAAACAAACUUUUUCCGCCGCGCGCGUAAAACUAGCUUCGAAAAAAGACUUGAUAGCGCUCUAAAGUUUUUAUUUUAGGAAAAUGGAGCAGUCAGGGACAGUCUAGCCAUUCCAAAAGCUUCUAUGUCAAUGAAGAAUUGACUAAUGGCUCAAAAGAAAACUUCGUCUAUCGAAUAAAAAAGUAUUACUCGACGAACCAGAGCUGUGUUCCGGAAAAGUCUUUGAAGCGAGUGAUUUGGAGUGCAUUCAAUCAGCAUGGAGAUCCAAUCGGUUUCUCACUGAUAAGCUAUCAAACAACUCCAGGUUGGUUCUUUCUUUCUUCUCGUUCAUAACUUCAAACUUUUGAACUUUGACUGAAAAAGAGUUUUUAUAUUUUUUUUUAAAAAAAGUUUCAGAUUUCCAAGGUAUUAACAAAGAAUGCCACGGUAACAGCCUAUCAACUUCGAAUCAUUCGUAUCAACGUGUGUUUCCAUCUUCAUUGCGUGAAGUGGAUCAAAAACGCCAGGAAAAAGCACCAAGGAAAAUCAUAUCCGACUCUUCGAACAAACUGCUAGGCUCAGGCGACCAGCGCAUUGCGUUACGCCCAACUCAAGUUUACGACCGGUUGGGAAACUUUUUUUCUAAAAAUUCUCUAAUUUUUUUCAGAGCGAAAAUUGGCGGGAAAAAGUACGGGUCUACUGCAAAAUCCUACACCGACUUCGAUUUGUUAGAACGAUUUCGAGCUGAAAAUCCGAAAUUUGUCAGGUGGCUAUUUAUUCUGUUGUUUUAUUUUGUAAAAUUUUUUUCUAGGCUUGUCCAAGAUGGCGGUGAGCAUCUUCAAAUAAUGUGCGCAUCAGACAGCCAAUUGUUGAUGCUCGCUCAAAAUGCCCUUGACAAAAAAAUUGUUGUUGACGGCCUACAGAAAACAAGGCUAGCAGCCCUCGGAUUAACUGAAGACGAACUUCACGCCAACUUCGAAAUCAUACCGAAAGGUUGCUGGUUUUUUUUUCCAAUUUUGAUCAGAUUUUUUCCAGUAGAAAAAUCUCAUCUUGAAUUCGACAUGUCAUUUUCUUUCGGCCGCUUUUAUAUAAGCCUGCUGGUUACUCGUCAUCAGAAGGUCGUGUCAAACCGCCCUCCUCAUUUCGGCGUUCCAAUCAUAUGUGCUUUUUUUGUGAGCUCCAAAAAGGAUUCUAUCACCUAUAAGUGGAUCGCAGAUUCACUAAACGGAGAGCUGAGUUGGUUCUCCUUCUAUAUAUGCGUAUUUAACUUUAAAUUUUCAGUGAAACUUGGGUUUGAUGGUCUCAAAGCGUACUCAUUGCUGACAGAUAGUGAAAAAGGCCUCGAAGUUAUGCUCCAAGUAAUAAAAUAGUUAUUUUUCUUCAUUCACCAUUUUCGAAAUUCAGCAUGGCAUUUUCGCUGAACCGACAGUUCACUUAGUUUGUGAGCUUCAUUCAAGAAGAAACAUCGAGGACAUGGCCAGGAGAAAUGGAAUCCAUGAUGAACUACUUCAUGAAAUUUUAUUUCGCGUUUUCGGUUCGGAGAUUCAACAAAAAAUAGGACGACUCAAAAGCUUGGGUAAGAAUUUCGUGAACAGAGACGGAAAAAAUCAAAUAAUUAUGACCUUUAUUUUCAAACUAUUCAAAUAAAAAAAAAUAAACUAUCUAUAAAGUUAUUUUCCUUUUUCCUUCAACUUUUUUUUCUAGCCAAAAGAUGCAGAAAAGGAAAUCAGUCGAUUUAGGUAUUCUUGAUUCCUUAACAAGAGAGAAAUUCCUCUUGAAAAGAGAUCAUCUGCUUCAGUUCCUGAAAAACCAGGGCUGCACCGAGGAGUUCAUGCGCUACCUUCAGCAAAAAGGUACCAAUCAUUUAGCAAUUUUUGAUAGAACAUAAAUAACAAUUAUUUUUGCUUUUGGAUAAAAAAAAUAUGAAAACACAAUGUUUUAGCUCGAAUACUUGUUCGGAAAAUACCAACUUCCUCUGAGAGUGGCCGGUCUCAUCGGGAUAGGUCGUGCUACCACUAACCUUGUCGAAAACAGCCAUCGACUCAUGUUUAAUGAUUUGAAAGAGGAGAGAACGAAAGGGCUAGAAUCGCUGCUGCCCGCGCUUAAGCGCAUAGUAGACGGUAAAUUUCAAAUAACUUUUGAAGGUUUAAAGACAAUUUUAAUUUUUUUUUUUAAAGAAAACCUUUCGAACAUCGCUGCAUCGAUCGUUGGUUCUGGUACCAAGUACACACUUUCACCAAGUUAUCGAGCAACUCUGAGCGUCCCUGCGGCGGAGUGGAAAAAAAUGCCUGAAAGUGACAAAGAAAAAAUGCUCAAGCACGUCGGGGUUUUCCAACGAGAGUUACCCGAAACGUCGUCUCGUUGUACAACUUUGGAAGUUUUCCUACUUUUAUUUGUUAAAACCAGUUUACUUUUUAAGCUUUCAUUCGGUCGCUUCACAUUGGUCCGAUAUACUUCAACUUGGCUGAGUCAAAUCGAAAACGAAGCGAAAAAAAUGUUCGAAAAAGUUGUUCCCCUUCCAGACGGGAAGCUUUUCGCUUGCCAAGACGUUUUGCACGGCUAUGUGGUACUUCCCGGUGGCUUAUUUGACUUUAAAAAAGAAACGAUUAAGAUAGCAAGCUGCGAACCAAUUUGUUGCAAUUGUCCACCUUAUGUUAAAAAGGGGUUUUGCGCUCAUGUUCUUUCCAUUGCCAUGGCGCAAAAAUCAACAGACCAACUUGUGCAAAAGGUUUCUGUCCACUUUCUUAAUUUUCAAACUCAAACUUUUCUAUUUUUGAGAUUGAAUACGAGUCAGCAAGAUUCAAAACGACAAAGCAGGUUAUCGAUCGCACUUCAAGUUGCGGUCAGAAGGACGGGAAACGAGCUCGACGCUUAGGAAACGUAGCCACAGCUCGUGUUUGCAAUCGUACUAUUCACAAUAUUCAAAACGCCUUGCCGCUCCCUGGAAAACUAAUGGAUCUUCCACCGUUUGAAGUGGUACGUUUUUUUUUUUCAAAAUUUCUCAAAAUAAAACGCUAAAACUCAAGUUACAGAUAGACAAGACAGCUUGCAAAACGAAUUUCACGAUGCCGUAUCACAACUCCCUAAAAUUCGAGUUUGUUUUAAACGAUGGUCGCAAAAGAAGACCGAAGAAAUGCGCAUCCUGUCAAGUAGACUUCGUUCUUUCUGCCCCCCAAAAUCUGAUUCUUUGCCAUCAAGAACGGGUACUUUUUGAAAAGAAUGGCGCUGAUCAUUGGACGAAAAACACUCAGGCGCGGUGAGUUAAAAAAAAACUCUGUGUAAGUUAGUUAUGAUUUCAGUUACUGCCAUGCACGUACGUCAUGUCUACUCCGACGUUACCCUUACCUCGGUGCAGGAGGAAACGUAUUUUGCAUCGACUCAGCGAUAGUUCCGUUGAUCACAGAAGAGCAUCGGCAAAUGGUUUUCGAAAAUCUCACCUUUAUCCUUCCUAAUUGA